GCUGUAAUGGUUCAUUUUUCACUUAUAGAAGUCCGCUACGCGUUGACGAUCUCCUUAGCCAGAAACAGGAGGUAGAAUCACUGCUUAAUCGGCCGGUUGAGGGUCGGGCCUGGUAUGUGAUUGACUUGCAGUGGUGGAACAAGUGGUGUGCAUUCACUGAUGCAGUAGCGAAAGGUGAAAACCUGGAUUUGGCAUGUGAUGAUUAUCCAGCCGAGAUCAACAAUACGAAUCUCUUGGGAUCAAACGGGAAAUUGAAACCCGAUCUACUGAGGGAACAAGAUAUUACGCUCAUACCAGGAGAAGUUUGGGAUUUAUUGGUGAACUACUACGGAUGUGUCCAUACAGACACAUCCGUGUUCAAGCGGACCGCUGUUCAAACACCAUCCGGGCGUUGGGUUGUUGAAAUCUAUCCUCCUUGCUUCUCGUUCAUUGAGCUUGGCUCCCAGAACACACGCUUCACUGGGACAUACAGCGAGUCACAAACAAUAGGGCAUUUGAAGAGCAUAGUUCGGUCAACCUUGAAGCUAGACCCAAAUACCAACGUCCGGCUUUUCAUUCAAGAUGGACUUCUGUGUGAUGAACUGACGGAUGAUAGUAUGACUAUUGGAGAAGCAAGUUUGGAGCGCCAGAAAGUUAUCUACUUUAAACUGGAGGUCACCAAUGGGCCAAAAGCCAAUGAGCUUGGAGGAUCUAGACUUGGCAAUAAUGUUUCCUCGCCAUCCCAGUAUGGGUUUGGCAACUGGCUGCCCCAACUUACGAGUGGAAACAAACAACUGCGGGGUGUUUGUGGACUGAGUAACUUAGGGAACACCUGUUUCAUGAAUAGCGCGAUCCAGUGUUUGUCUAAUGUUCCCGACUUGACAAGGUAUUUCCUCGGCAAUUGGAAGGUGGAUAUCAACAAAUACAACCCGCUUGGGACUCAAGGACGCAUCGCAUCAGCUUAUGCUGAGUUGAUCGGCCGUAUGUGGUCCGGACUGUAUUCCUACGAUGUCCCGAGAACUCUAAAACGUGAAAUUGCGGCGAUUGCCAAUCAGUUCUACGGAUACGCUCAACACGACUCCCACGAAUUGCUCAUGUUUCUGCUCGAUGGGUUGCAUGAAGAUCUGAAUAAAGUGAUUGACAAGCCGUAUAUCCAAUAUAAGGACGCUGGUGAUCGACCAGAUGAGGUUGUUGCAACCGAGGCCUGGGGCAACCACAAGGCUCGGAACGAUUCCGUGAUUGUGGACUACUUUCACGGACAGCUCAAGUCUACUGUGGUCUGCCCCGACUGCAAUGAACGGUCCGUCACUUUUGAUCCGUUUGCCUCGUUGAGUCUCCCUUUGUCUGAAGUAUCUACUUUCCUCAGAGUGGUACACGUUUGGCCUUGGGUUUGUGAUGACGCACAGGAGGCUGGGCCCAUUCGUUACGAAGUGAUGGUCUCUGCUGAAUUUUUCGUUCGAGACCUCAUCACAUCAUUGGAAGAACUGCGACCGCAUCAUGAAGAUUGUCAGUACUUUGUUGCCGAAGUGUACAAUCACUCACUGAGCCGUCCAUGGCACAUGAAUCAUCAGAUAAAUUACCAAUACGGGGCACCGAUCUUCGCUUUUGAACUUCCUCCGGGCCGAUUGAUCCCUGUCCAGUUCCAUCAGUCCAAUUACCAGAACAUCUCAGGGUGGGUCGGUUUGCCCUUCUAUAUCAGUAUUCCCCCGGACAUGCUGCAGCCGACCGACGAAUACCUCAUCCGGUCAAUUGCCUCACGAUUACGGGCCAUUGGUAUUGACCUACAGGAUACCUUCACCACCAAUCAUGUGCAACGUUCAGCGAAUCACAAAUCUGGGGACAGACUGACAGGAUCUUCAAACUAUGAUCCAGUGGAAUCCGAGACAGAUGAUCCGAUGGAUGAAAAUGAUGAUCCGGUGUGCGGAUUUCUUCACGGCCGAAUACAUUUAACAGAUGAACGCAAUCAAGAGGUUGACGCUAUUUCAGACCGGUUUGACUACUCCCUCUUCAAAGUCCGCGUCGAUUGCAAUGGAGUGGAGGUCCCAGUACAAUGGAACUACCAAACAGUUCAGUUCAAAUGCAGCAAAGCAAAAGAUAGUCUGCUGGACUGCGUGAGACGGUUCAUACGAACAGAGAAAUUGAGUGCCAGAAAUCUUUGGUACUGCAGUCGAUGUAAGAAGGAAAAGCAAGCCACAAAGAAAUUCGAUCUAUGGUCUUUGCCCAAAGUACUUAUAAUCCAAUUGAAACGAUUCCGGUCCACUUUUCGAUCUCGCGACAAAAUCGACAGUUUCGUGGAGUUCCCGGUGAAAGGGUUGGAUCUCACUCCCUGGGUUCUACGCGACACGAAGGAGCAGUUCAUCUAUGAUCUGUUAGGAGUUAGUAACCACAUGGGCUAUCUUGGAGGUGGUCACUACACAGCCUAUGCCCUGAACGAACCCACACAAACUUGGUACUUGUUUGACGAUGCUUCCACUCGCAAAGUUGACGAGUCUCAUGUUGUGAGCUCAGCCGGUUAUGUUCUUGUUUAUCGCCGCCGAGAUAACGAAUGCCGUACGCCAUCCACCAUACCUACGACCUCCGACAACCAUCCAGUUCUCAACAACGGCAACGCUUCAAACAGCCAUUUAGAUGCCGAUGAUAUGGACCUCGGGAGCCAACCAACCGUCUAUCGUCGUCCUAUCCCUCAAUACAUUAACGAUGAUGAUCUCACAAACGUUGAAUAG